AUGGACCAGCUUCCACAGGAAUUAGUCGAUCGAAUCAGCAGUUAUCUCUCUCCUGAUGGCCUCAAGAAUACACUAUUGCUGUCUCAUGCAUUUCGCUUUUCCGCUGAAAAAUACUCGGGGGCGUUUGCAAGAUUCGCCCAAAUGAAGACACCGCCAAGAAGUUCAUUGACACUUCCUCUGAUCCGCCUUCCUCUUCCUGAAGACAGCGAGCGUCGCGACAACGCGGACCAACUGAGCAAGCAUGACAAGAGUUUCACUCAACAAAUCACGUUUCUGUUCAAGACUAUGAAAACGGUCGAAGAACAUGCAGGAACCCAGAAUAAACCUGGAAUAGUUCGGCUCGCGAUAAGCUCUCCCUGGCGACCGAUUUUUCGCGGACGUUCACUCUUGUAUCAUGAUCACUUGAGCUGGCGCGUCCAUUCGUUGGAACCCGAGGCACUUCCGUUACUCGAAUCGGUUCGUUUCCUGGAGGUAGGAGAUGGCUGGAACGGGUCACUCGGCAGAAGAGCAGAUGAUGCGGAUUAUAAUUGGGCGCGAGUGAAACUGGACUACCGUGUGGUGGUCGAUCUUGUCGUCAAAUUGCCAUAUCUUGAAUACUGGGGUUGUCGAAUUGGAGGCGAUGAAUGGUCGCCGAAGACGGUACAAGAAGCGACAAGAUAUUUCACGCAAGAUUGGGUUGGACCACGUCGGGACACAAGACAGGGUUUUGCAAAAGCUCUCUUGUCUGCACGUCUGCCUGAUUCACUUCGGCGCGUUCGUCUAGACUUUCUCCAUGACCUACACAAUAGCACGCAUAUCGACCAUCUCACGGCACAGCCUGAUCUGGUAAGCCCAGCGGCCAAUGAUCUUUUCAGCACCAGUCUACACCACCUCUCACACCAUCUCCGACGGCUUCACUUGCGUGUACCCGAGGGACAAUGGUAUUUCAUAGGUCCGAACGGCGAAGGGCGCGACACGGCUGCAUUCAAGGUCACUGAUACCUCAUACCCACCCUUGGAAACAACCCCCUAUGACGAAGAAACGGACGGGCAGAUUGAGGAAGAGGGAGACCGGCGAUACAGAGGGGGCCCAAACACCCGCAUCCGCAUCGUGCCGAAAGAUACUACACUACGGCCUUUCCUUGCAGCCUUUGACAAGGCAGUAUCAAACAUGAGGGCUCUCCAAGAAGCAGUGCUCUGGUGCCUUCUUGCGUGGGCGCCUAAUGAUGAAGAUGGUGAAGAAUUAGAGACUGACUGGCUUCUAGAAAACUGUCCAGACGCGGAUAGACUCGCUUGGGGAGUGCAUUGCCAAGCGAAGGAUGAGCCUAAUUUUACUCAGCAGGGUGGAAACCUUCCUACAGAAGUUCCUCUACUCUGGUGGAAAGUCGGCAAGUGGCGUCCGGAUCCCGAGCUUCAUGAGCUUUUUCAGCAGAUCGGACGUACGCCAUGGGGUGACGGUCUGAAAGAACACUGGGAGGAUGAAGAUUAUGGAGAGGGAUUGGUGGAUCGCGAAUACUUUGAGUAUUGUGUACAAGAAGAAGUUGAUAAGGUGGGGCGGAUCCCGCCGCCGAACUAA